UGCUGCUGGCGAAGCUGGAGGAAAACAAAGGAGCGUCAGACAAGGAGGAGGACAGCCAUGGCCAAGGCAGGGAGCACUCUGCUCCCCUCCCUUUUGGCUGACGCUGGUCCAACGGGACGGAACCAAGGACGCUGCGGGACUACGGCGGCGCCUCCGGUUUUGACGGCGGUGGUGCGGAAGCGCUGCCGGAUUUUUGCGGUGGCGACUCCGGUUUUCACGACGGUGGUGCGGAAGCGCUGCCCGAUUUUUGCGGCGGCGACUUCCGUUUUGACGGCGGUGGUGCGGAAGCGCUGUCGGAUUUUUGCGGCAGCGACUCUGGAUUUUUGCGGUGGCGACUCCGGUUUUGAUGGCGGUGGUGUGGAAGCGCUGCCCGAUUUUUAUGGCGGCGCCUCCGAUUUUCUCGGCGGUGGUGAGGAAGCGCUGUCGAAGUUUUGCGGCGGCGACUCCGGUUUUGACGGCAGUGGUGCGGAAGCGCUGCCAGAUUUUUGCGGCGGCGACUCCGGUUUUGACGGCGGUGGUGCGGAAGCGCUGCCAGAUGUUUAUGGCGGCGCCUCCGGUUUUGACAGUUGUGGUGCGGAAGCGCUGUCGGAUUUUUGCGGCGGCGACUCCGGUUUUGACGGCGGUGGUGCGGAAGCACUGCUGGAUUUUUGAGUCGACGACUCUGGUAGGUAGAAGAAUGAUUGCUAUGGAGACUGACCUUGCCUGUUGGAGAAAAGAAAAAGGAUUGUCUUCCUUUACUUCUUACCUGUUGCAUGUCAAAAAUGAUUCGUUUGUUUUGAAAAACGUUAAAUUUGUGUGCACCAUAAAAUGAAUUUGCUUGAAAUAA